CGGCAGCGGGGCCAUGGCCGGGCCCGGGGGCGCAGCGCGGGGGCUGCUCCGGCCCUGCAGCCCGCGGGGCAGCGCGGACCCCCCAGCAAAGCAUCCGGCCCCCCUGCGAGCCCAGGGAGAAGCCGCUGAAGCCAAGGAGCAGCGGCGAAACGAGGAGCUGCUGGAGCAGGUGGCAGCCGAGAGGCGGAAGAUCGGCUGGGAGUGGCGGGAGCUGCAAGGGUUUCUGGAGGAGCAGGAGCAGCGGCUGCUGGCCCGGCUGGAGGAGCUGGAGAGAGCCAUUGUCCAGAGAAGGGAGGAGGGCGGCUGCAGCCUGUCCCAGGAGAUUUCCCUGCUCCGGGACAGUGGAGGAGACGAGGGGCAGUGGCCACCGAGCCAGUCCCUGCAGGGUGCCGGGAGCACUGGGAGCAGCAGGGAGGAUGGGGCGUUUCAGAGGCCGGAGCCGGGGUUUGCAGAGCUGGAGAAGAGACUGGGCGAUUUCUCCCUGCAAAGUGCCCGCCUGCAGCAGGUGCUGCUGGGAUUCAAAGAGACGCUGCGACUGGAGCUGGGGAGCGACACAGGCUAUAGAAUAACACCCACGUUCGGGGCCAGAUCGCUUCAUCCUCCCAGGAGGAAGGGAGGGGAAAUGGCUGCGGAAGAGGCGGCUCAGGGGCGGGUGACUUUCGAGGAGGUGGCUGUGUAUUUCACCAGGGAAGAGUGGGCUCUGCUGGACCCCGCUGAGAGAGCCCUCUACUGGGAUGUCAUGCAGGAGAACUACGAGACGGUGGUCUUGCUGGGCUACAGAAUAACAUCCAGGUUUCACUCCAGAUCAUCCCCUCCUCCCAGGGGGAAGGAAAUGGCUGCAAUGGAGCUGGCUCAGGGGCGGGUGACUUUCGAGGAGGUGGCUGUGUAUUUCACCAGGGAAGAGUGGGCUCUGCUAGACCCCACUCAGAGAGCCCUCUACAGGGAUGUCAUGCAGGAGAACUACGAGACGGUGGUCUUGCUGGUAGGGUUUCCAGUUUCCAAACCUGAUGUGAUCUCGCAGCUGGAACGAGGGGAAGAGCCGUGGGUCCCGGACCUCCAGGCCUCUGAUAAAGAAGUGCUCCCUAGAGCUGCCUGCACAGGGAGUGACCUCUGUCUGGAUUCUCUCAGUCUCCCAUCGGGUGAUGGGAUGGUGAGUGAGAAUGAGGAGAAACCCCAGCAGGAUGACGCUGAGCAAGGAGAACCACAUGGAACGUUAUCAGGGAGAUCCAAAGGGAAUGUUUCUGGGCGUUGUGCACUCCCAGAAAAAGCAAAAGUCUGUGAGACUCAGCAGAGGCCAGAGAAAAACUUCAGUAGCCACUCAGCCCUUAUAACCCGUGACAGAAUCCACUUGGAAGAGACACGCUACACGUGCCAUGAGUGUGGGAAAAGCUUCAGUCAGAGCUCUGCCCUGAUCACACAUUGGAGAAUCCACACCGGGGAGACGCCCUACACAUGUUCUGAGUGCGGGAAAAGCUUCAAUCAGAGCUCACACCUUAUCACACACAGGAGAAUUCACACGGGAGAGACGCCUUACGGAUGUUCGGAGUGCGGGAAAAGCUUCAGUCAGAGUUCUGCCCUUAUCACACAUCAGAGAAUCCACACGGGGGAGACGCCCUACACGUGCUCUGAGUGCGGGAAAAGCUUCAAUCGUAGCUCAGCCCUUAUCAGACAUCGGAGAAUCCAUACGGGAGAAACGCCCUACACCUGCCCUGAGUGCGGGAAAAGCUUUGGCCAUAGUUCCGCCCUGAUCACACAUCAGAGAACCCACACUGGAGAGAUGCCCUACGUGUGCGCCGAGUGCGGGAAACGCUUCAGUCAGAGUGCUAACCUUAUUAGGCAUCGGCGAAUCCACACGGGAGAGACUCCCUACAUGUGCCCGGAGUGUGGGAAAUGCUUCAAUCAGCGCUCAGCCCUUACCACGCAUCAGAGAAUCCACACUGGAGAGACCCCCUACAUGUGCUCCGAGUGCGGGAAACGCUUCAGUUAUAGCUCAGCUCUCAUCACGCAUCAGCGAAUCCACACAGGGGAGACGCCCUACACGUGCCCCGAGUGCGGGAAAAGCUUCAAUCGGAGUUCAAACCUUAUCACACAUCAGAGAAUCCACACUGGCAUGUCAUCCUACAGAUGUUCUGAGUGCGGGAAAAGCUUCAGUCACAGCUCGGCUCUUAUUCGACACCGGAGAAUCCACACGGGGGAGACGCCCUACACGUGCUCCGAGUGCGGGAAACGCUUCAAUCAGAGCUCAAACCUUAUCACACAUUGGCGAAUCCACACGGGAGAGACACCUUAUAUGUGCUCGGAGUGCGGGAAAAGCUUCAGUCACAGCUCAGCCCUGGUCACACAUCAGCGAAUCCACACGGGAGAGACGCCCUACGCGUGCUCCGAGUGCGGGAAACGCUUCAGUCAGGGCUCAGCGCUUGCUAGACAUCAGAAGAGCCACCUGACACAGAACUAGAAUCAAUCCCUUCACUAGGACUAGCCAAAGAAUUAUUUUUUUUUUAAUCAUAUUUGCUAAUCCCUACAUACUGAUUUUUGUACUGUCUUCACUGUGGUCUCUCAGCUCCCCCAGAUGAUUGCCUGUUUCUGCCUUUUCCGGCUCACCUUCUUUGGGGUCAGUCCUGUGAUCUUUUCUAUCAGUUGCUUUCCUUUUGAGUCGUAGGAGCAUGUGUCCCUCCAGCCAGGAAUGUUCGUCAGCUCC